CUUUGGCCCAGGAGGGUGGGCGAAUACAUCGCCUCCUGCCUCGUAGAAGAUGAGACACCAACAUUACUAUAUCAUUUACAUGGUUCGAUAAUUGGUGCUUAAUACCAACCAACAUGCCAACUUGAGAACUUGAUAUAGUUCUUUGUGAUUGCUACUCAUGUCUUGGGGAAUCGAUAGUCCUCUCUACCUUGUGUUUUGGCUUAAUUUUGAAAUAUUUCUUUCUACAAACGUUACAUUUCCUCACUUACGACAUUCUUUUGAUUUUACAGACGUAGAAAAUGCGACGUUUUUACCACAUUUCUCUGAGGCUGGUCUCCUGCAUAAGUGCAUGUCUCGCUACUGAGUUUAUAAAUCCUCCAGCCGAGGACGACAGGAGAGACUCCUCUGUCAACGCCGUCUAUGCCAAAGGAGCAACUAUCAACAUACAAUGGACAGCCGUAGAUGCAAUCCUAGCUGUCACUCUCUUUCAACUCAAUAAGACAGACCCUCGGCAGUUCCUUCUAGGACUGGAAUAUAUUGCCAGUGAGUUGACCCCAUACUUCUCGACCAUCUUAACUGACACCUGGAAAAGCCAGUCUCGCGCCUAAUACAACUUCCUUCACUUGGACCGUCCAAACAAGAAAAAGUCUGGAGGAAUCACCUAUAUUUUACAUGAAUCUUUUCGUUCAGGGCGAAACCUCGGGCAGAGCAAACAGUCACGCCUUCAACAUCUCCUUGCCUGGAGGAGUCCAACCUCAGUCAAGCAGUAUUAGAGAAAGCCCGACAAGCUCACUCGUCACAGUUGAUGCAACAUCGACUCCCUCAUCUGCUCCCAUGGCCACGACUACCCCCGUACUGGCUCCUCUAUCUACAGCCUCUCCGACAAGCACUAAUACCCCAAUAACUGCCACUGAGGGUGGUCUAAGCGGUAUAGGAAAAAUCGGUGUUGGUAUAGGAGUCUCUGCGGCGGUUGUCCUAGGCGUGACUGUAGGGUGGCUGUUCUUUGGCCGGAAAGGACGAGCGGAUAAAGCGGAUAUUACUUCGACCGUGGCUCCCCAGAUCUACUAUGAGUCGAAGUAUGAUUCGGUUUCACAGCCAGUAAUGCCAUAUCAGCGGGCACAUGAGCUCCCCCCAAAUACGACCGCAGAAAGCAGGUACGAGCUAUCAGGUCAACGGUGACAAAGGUUGUGAUUGAGUUAUGGUAUCUUGGUCUUUUGAUAUUGGCAUUGUAUGUAUUACACAUGGCUGCAUAUAUAGAUUGUUUAGUAUAUUAUUGUGGGCGUGGGGCGCUCUCCUCUUCGGUUCCAUGAUGUUUUAUGGGUUGCUUAUAUGGGCUUUUGUUACGAAAUUACGUUUAGGAGCGUUAGGGAUAAUAUGGGCUGAGCCGAGUCAACAACUGGGCGAGGAAUUCUGGUUGAGCAUAAGGGGACUCGGUACAGGGUGGUGACGAAAAUAAUAGGGGGCUUUUGUCCCAGUUCUGACCUAGAUGAUAGUUUAAAAAAAGAAACCAG